AUGGCGCCGAAUCGCGGCGAAGACGACAUAGAACGUCUGUCAAGGACCACCAAUGAAUAUCCUUCCAGUUCCAUGAUAGAACAUGCACGGCGUCCUUCAGAAGCUUAUGUCAACCUUCAUGCAAACAUUGAAGCCAAAAUCAAGAAUCCUCUGUGGGGUCUUCCACGAGCAAGACUGCUAGCUGAUGUUGAUGACUUUUGCCGAAAAAAAGAACUAGAACAGUACCGUCCCCUCAUUCGCAAGGGCGCUCUUGUUGCACAGGACCCUACUGGUUAUGAGGAUAUCGACGGAGAUGAAAAGCUCAACGACAUAGAGAUACAGGCGCUCAGAGACGAAAUCCUCCACAAGUGGCGGGUCCCUUUUGUUCUGUACUUGACCGUUGCGACAUGUUCCAUCGGCGCCGCCGUACAAGGAUGGGACCAAACAGGCUCCAACGGCGCGAACCUCGAGUUUCCUUAUGCUUUCGAUAUAGGCAGCGAAAGUAUACACGACAAGCUCCUCGUUGGUCUCGUCAACUCUGCCCCUUAUAUCGGAACAGCUCUGUUUGGAUGUUGGCUUUCGGAUCCCCUGAAUUCCCGUUGGGGUCGUCGCGGCACGAUAUUCUUCUCGGCCAACUUUUGCCUCUGGCCUGUCAUUGGAAGCGCUUUCUUCCCCAUCUUUGCCGCGGAAAACUCGCCCGCCCCGAUUCGAGGAGCCUUUGUCAUGAGUUGGCAGAUGUGGACGGCUUUCGGCAUCUUCCUAGGGACAUGUGCGAACGUCGCUGUAACGAAAAUCGGUCACAACGCUUGGAGAUUUCAAUUAGGCUCAGCGUUCAUCCCGGCUGUGCCCUUGAUGUGCUUGAUUUACUUUUGUCCAGAAUCUCCGCGUUGGUACAUGAAGAAGAAUCGUUACCAAGAUGCGAUGAAGUCCCUGUUACGACUACGAAACCACCCAAUUCAGGCCGCCCGCGAUCUAUACUAUAUCCAUGCGCAACUCGAGGUCGAACUGGAUUUCAUUGGCGAGGCACACUAUGCCAAACGUUUUAUCGAACUUUUCACGAUUCCCCGCGUGCGUCGUGCUACUGUAGCCUCAUUCGUCGUCAUGAUUGCCCAGCAGAUGUGUGGGAUCAACAUCAUCGCGUUCUACUCGACCAGUGUGUUCCGAGAUGCAGGCGCCGAUGAUAACCAAGCUCUGCUGGCGUCGAUGGGUUUCGGACUGGUUAAUUUUGUCUUUGCGUGGCCUGCAAUAUGGACGAUAGACACCUUUGGUCGUCGAUCUCUAUUACUCUUCACCUUUCCUCAGAUGGCAUGGACACUACUUGCAGCAGGUCUAUGUACUUUGAUCCCAGGCACAGGUGGAGUGCAUAUGGCUUUGGUUGCUUUAUUCGUCUAUCUUUUCGCGGCCUUUUACUCACCUGGCGAGGGUCCUGUACCUUUUACUUACUCAGCCGAGGUGUUUCCUCUGUCGCAUCGUGAAGUGGGCAUGUCGUGGGCUGUGGCAACGUGCCUUUUCUGGGCGGCGGUGUUGUCUAUUACUUUCCCACUUAUGCUGGCGAGGUUGCAUGCUAUCGGCGCAUUUGGAAUGUAUGCUGGUUUCAACAUUGUCGCCUUGGUUAUGAUCUUCUUGCUGUUACCGGAGACAAAGCAGCGGACACUAGAGGAGCUGGAUUACAUCUUUGCAGUACCCACGCGCGUGUUUAUGAGAUAUCAAGUGACGAAGGUGCUUCCCUGGUGGAUCAGGAGAUGGAUCUUGUUCCAACGAGAAGUAAGACUGGAGCCUCUGUAUCAGUUUGACACAGUUGGCGAACCCGAGGAUAGCCACAGCAGUGACUUUGGCUAUGAGAACGACAAGGCAAAAGUUGAGUUGAAGGAUACAAUUGGACUUACGUCAGGAGUUCAGACGACACGAUGA